CCUUAAUUUUCUUAUGUGAUUUUUGAAAUGAAACACGAAACCCCUAUUUGUUUUAGUGUUGUUGAUAAUGGGUAGUGUUAAAGUUCGAGAAUCUAUUGCUAAUAUGAUUGGAUUUUGUUGUAUUGUAUUGUGCUGCACAUGUCUGUAUUGCAUUUUUCUUGUAGUGCAGAAGGGAGAUUGAAAGCUGGAAUGGAAUGAUGGAGUGAUUUGGUGAAUUGGGUAGUUGAUAUAUUUGAUUCAUAUGGGCUAAAAGUUGUGUAACAUAGGGAGUGAAAAGGAGAAAAAUGGAGAUGGAACCUUUCAAUGCAUUCAUUUUCUAGGUUGGAACAUCUUGAAAUUAGUGUUUUUUGUUAGGUGAUGUGGAAAAAUGGGAAUCAUUUUGUUUGCAUGUGGAGUAAAUAAUUCUUGUACUUGAGAUGGCUGUGAUGCUGAGGAAAGGAGAAAGAGAAAAUGGCUGAAAUCUCUUAGCUUGGAAAUAGGCAUCCAGUGUUGAGCACUGUGGAAGAUUGGGAAUUUAUAGUGAAUAUGAGUGGAUCUUCUUCCCUAGCUAUGACCUUGUCAAGUUUACAAGUUGCACCAUAUUCUAUUUUCAUCAUUGGAUGGGAUAAAACAUUUUCUUGCUUUUCAAUGCUUGAAAGGGGCAGGUUUACUUGUCCAGUUCUUACAUCAUUUUUAUGGAUGCCCCAGAAUUUAGUUGUAGAACAUGAGAAUAUUGUAAUUUUAGUUUUCAUCAGUUGGCCUUUGUGCAUGCAGCCUUGUGUUGGCACGUGGCCUUAAGCUGAUCUUUCAUAGGUUAAUGAGAAAAUAUGAUGUCUGAAGAGGCUGGCCAAAUGUUGGUUGUUUAUGAUGAUCCAUCGGACCAGCGAUCUUUGUCGUUGGAUGAUACAAGCAGCACAGAGGAAUCGCCUGAUGAAACCAGACUAUCACUAGAAACACCUAAUGAUGCAAUUCCAUAUAUUGGACAAAGAUUUUCUACUCAUGAUGAAGGUUAUGAAUUUUAUAGUGAAUUUGCAAAAAGAUGUGGAUUCUCAAUCCGUCAUCACCGCACAGAAGGCAAAGAUGGGGUUGGAAAAGGGCUAACAAGACGUUAUUUUGUCUGCCACCGUGCUGGAAACACCCCUGUCAAAACCUCAAACGAAAAUAAACCUCAAAGGAAUAGAAAAUCAUCUCGAUGUGGGUGUCAAGCAUACAUGAGGAUUAGCAAGGUCACAGAGUUAGGAGCACCAGAAUGGCGUGUCACAGGUUUUGAUAAUCACCAUAAUCAUGAACUUCUAGAACCGAAUCAAGUUCGGUUCCUUCCUGCAUAUCGGACCAUAUCAGAUACGGACAAGAGCAGAAUCCUCAUGUUUGCCAAAACAGGAAUUUCAGUGCAGCAAAUGAUGAGACUCAUGGAGCUUGAAAAAUGUGUAGAGCCAGGAUAUUUGCCCUUCACUGAAAAGGAUGUGAGGAACUUGCUUCAAUCAUUUCGAAAACUGGACCCAGAGGAUGAGAGCGUGGACUUAUUAAGAAUGUGCAGAAAUAUAAAGGAGAAGGACCCCAACUUUAAAUUUGAAUACACACUCGAUUCUGACAACAGGUUAGAGAACAUUGCCUGGUCAUAUGCGUCAUCAGUCCAAUCAUAUGAGAUCUUUGGUGAUGCAGUGGUAUUUGAUACAACACAUCGCUUAACUGCAUUUGACUUGCCUCUCGGCAUAUGGGUGGGAAUGAACAACUAUGGUAUGCCUUGCUUCUUCGGAUGUGUAAUUUCACGAGAGGAAAAUUUGAGGUCGCUGUCAUGGGCAUUAAAGGCAUUCUUAGGAUUCAUGAAUGGAAAGGCCCCACAAACAAUAUUAACUGACCAGAAUAUGUGCCUGAAAGACGCAAUAGCUAAGGAGAUGCCUUCAACGAAACAUGCACUUUGCAUAUGGAUGAUUGUGGCGAAGUUUCCAUCCUGGUUUAAUGCUGUUUUGGGGGAACGCUAUAAUGAGUGGAAAGCAGAGUUCUAUCGACUCUAUAAUUUGGAGUCAAUUGAGGACUUUGAACUGGGUUGGAGGGACAUGGUCAAUAUUUUUGGGCUGCAUACAAACAGGCACGUUGCCAACUUGCAUGCCUUACGCAAUCUUUGGGCUCUUCCAUACUUGAGAAGCCAUUUCUUUGCGGGAAUGACUGCAGCUGGUCAUUCAAAAUCAAUUAACGCUUUCAUCCAAAGGUUUCUGAGUGCUCAAACUCGGCUUGCACACUUUGUGGAACAGGUAGCUGUAGCUGUAGAUUUUAAAGAUCAAGCGGCUGAACAGCAAACAAUGCAGCAGAAUCUGCAAAACAUAAGUUUAAAAACUGGGGCACCUAUGGAAUCCCAUGCAGCCACAGUCCUUACUCCUUAUGCCUUCUCGAAGCUCCAAGAACAACUUGUUUUGGCUGCCCACUACGCAUCAUUCCAGAUGGAGGAUGGUUUUCAUGUGAGACACCACACCAAAGAUGAGGGAGGCCGGAAAGUAUAUUGGGUUCCUAGGGAAGGAAUUAUUAGUUGCAGCUGCAAUCAGUUUGAGUUCUCUGGAAUCCUUUGUCGACAUGCCCUUCGAGUUCUUUCCACAGGAAACUGUUUUCAGAUCCCAGAAAGGUACCUUCCUUUGCGUUGGCGUCGGAUUAACACAUCUAGUGCAAAGCUUCUUCACAGUUCCAAUGAUCAUGGUGAAAGAAUUCAGUUAUUGCAGAGCAUGGUAUCAAGUCUCAUAACUGAAUCUGCCAAGUCAAAGGAGAGACUGGAUAUUGCAACCGAGCAAGUUUCUAUUCUUUUAUCUCGCAUCAGAGAUCAACCAGUUCCAUCACAAGGUAUACGAGAUUUUACCUCCAUUCACAGAAAACUUUAGCCCUACCUCGUAUACUCAGCAGUGACUGAAUUCUUGUGGAUAGCGGAGGGAAGCACACCUCUUUAUUAAAGAAAGCAAGUUUGCUGAAUCUGUAAAUGGAUGCUCUUGCUUGUGGUUUGAAAUUCUGCAUGGAAAUCCGUUUACUCUCGAUUCAUGCAAAUAAGGACUGCACAUGGUUUUGUAUUUCCCUGACAGCCUUCUGCUUGGCUUUCGUUGGGGGGCAGAAGUUUCAUGAGGGUUCUGUAAUGUUCAAAUAUAUAUAGAAAAAAAAAUAGAUAUUGAUGUAUGAUCGUGUUCUUGUUUAAAGCAGAUUCAUGUUCUUUUCACAA